GGCGAGACUUCAAGAAACGCGAGCAAAGCGUUUCUUUCACUCCGGGUGAGGUGGGAAAACGUGUUGAGUUCUCUCACUAACUGCGGAACAACUACUGAAAACUAACAAAUAAGUAUAAACAAACAAGCCAAUUAAGUUAAGUAAUGUUUUGAGCGAAUAAUAAGAGGUUGCAGACGAAGAUUUCUACCGAAAAAACUAUUUUCAAAAGAUCGUCAACGCAAUUACCUCAUCCGCCAUUUUGCUUAGCAGAUAUUAGACCAAAAUGGCUCUAGUUUCGGGAUCGCCAGCUCCGCUUAAAGACGUCAAAAGAUGCCAGUUUGGUAUCUUUGGUCCAGACGAAAUAAAACAAAUGUCUGUGACUACCGAUGGAGGGGUUAAAUACGCCGAAACCAUGGAAGGGGGUCGUCCUAAGCUGAAUGGACUCAUGGAUCCAAGACAAGGAACGAUCGACCGUUUCUCUCGAUGUCAGACAUGUGCUGGAAACAUGACAGAGUGUCCCGGUCAUUUCGGCCACAUAGAGUUGGCAAAACCCGUAUUUCACGUUGGAUUCUUGUCGACAAGUGUCAAGAUACUCCGCUGUGUGUGUUUUUACUGCUCCAAGUUGCUUGUAGACGCGAAUGACCCAAAAGUGAAAGAAAUCAUAUCCAAAUCUCACAACCAACCUAAGAAAAGAAUGCAGCACAUAUAUGAUCUGUGCAAGGGUAAAAGCCUGUGUGAAGGUGGUGAAGAUAUGGAUACUACUCUCCAGGCUAACCCAGAAGCAGCAGAGGAUACAGAAAAGAAAAUGACUCAUGGUGGGUGUGGAAGGUACCAACCAAAAUACAGAAAGACUGGAUUGGACCUUACAGCUGAAUGGAAACGUGUCAACAUAGGUGAUGACUCAAGCGAGAAGAAGAUCAAUCUUACUGCUGAACGUGUGCAUGAAAUCUUCAAGAGAAUAUCUGAUGAAGAAUGUGAAAUUCUUGGUAUGAAUCCAAAGUUUGCUCGGCCAGAUUGGAUGGUCAUCACUGUACUUCCUGUCCCUCCAUUACCUGUAAGACCCUCUAUUGUGUUAAGUGGAACAGCAAGAAGUCAGGAUGAUUUGACCCACAAACUGGCUGACAUUGUCAAAGCAAAUAACAAUUUGCAAAGGAAUGAAUUGAAUGGAGCAGCAGCUCACAUCAUAGCUGAAGACACACGCAUGUUACAGUACCAUGUUGCAACACUGAUUGAUAACGAAAUACCUGGAUUGCCUAGGGCAAUGCAAAAAUCUGGUCGCCCACUGAAGUCAGUCAAGCAACGAUUGAAAAGCAAGGAAGGUCGUAUCAGAGGAAACCUGAUGGGAAAACGUGUGGACUUCUCUUCACGUGCUGUAAUCACACCUGAUCCUAAUUUAUCAAUUGAUCAAGUGGGUGUUCCAAGAACAAUUGCACAAAAUCUAACAUUCCCAGAAAUAGUUACACCUUUUAACAUUGACAGCAUGCAAGAUCUGGUCAGACGAGGAAACAACCAGUACCCAGGUGCAAAAUACAUCAUCAGAGAUAAUGGAGAGAGAGUUGAUCUGAGGUUUCACCCCAAACCUAGUGAUCUUCAUCUUCAGUUUGGUUACAAGGUUGAGCGACACAUCAGAGAUGAUGAUAUCAUCAUAUUCAAUCGACAGCCCACACUACACAAAAUGUCUAUGAUGGGACAUCGUAUUAAGAUCCUACCAUGGUCAACAUUCAGACUUAAUCUCAGUGUAACAACUCCAUACAAUGCUGACUUUGAUGGCGAUGAGAUGAACAUGCAUGUACCUCAAUCACUGGAAGCCAAGGCCGAAAUAUCAGAGAUAAUGAUGGUACCAAGAAACAUUGUUACACCACAGUCCAAUAAGCCUGUCAUGGGUAUUGUACAGGAUUCUCUUACUGCAAUCAGAAAAUUCACCAAAAGAGAUGUAUUCCUAGAAAAGGAAACUGUGAUGAAUCUUCUGCUAUGGAUUCCUGAUUGGAAUGGCAAGAUUCCUCAACCAUGCAUUCUGAAGCCUAAACCAUUAUGGACUGGUAAACAAAUCUGUAGUAUGUUCAUCCCAGGGCAAGUCAACGUCAUUAGAUUACACAGUACACAUCCUGAUGAUGAAGACUCUGGACCUUACAAGCACAUCUCCCCAGGAGACACAAAGGUCGUUAUUGAGCACGGUGAACUGAUCUCUGGUAUUCUAUGCAAAAAAACCCUUGGUACAUCGUCUGGCAGUUUGAUUCACGUCAUAGCCAUGGAGCUUGGACAUGAAGUGGGUCGUUCAUUUUAUGGUACAGUCCAGUGUGUUGUAAAUAACUGGCUGCUCCUUGAGGGCCAUAGCAUUGGCAUUGGGGACUGUAUUGCUGACUCUGAUACUUAUGAUGAGAUUCAGAAAGCAACUCGAAAGGCCAAGAAAGAGGUGAUAGAGGUCAUUGAAAAGGCACACAACGAUGAGUUAGAGCCUACCCCUGGUAAUACUCUACGGCAGACAUUUGAAAACCAAGUCAAUCGUAUUCUGAAUGACUGUCGUGACAAGACUGGUAGCAGUGCUCAGAAGAGCUUGUCAGAGUUUAAUAACUUUAAAGCUAUGGUGGUUGCUGGAUCCAAAGGCUCAAAAAUCAACAUAUCUCAGGUCAUUGCUGUGGUAGGACAACAAAACGUAGAGGGAAAGCGAAUACCAUUUGGUUUUCGUCACCGUACUUUACCUCACUUUAUCAAGGAUGAUUAUGGUCCUGAGAGCAGAGGGUUUGUUGAAAACUCCUACCUCGCAGGACUAACACCAACUGAGUUUUUCUUUCACGCUAUGGGAGGUCGUGAAGGUCUUAUUGAUACAGCUGUCAAGACUAGUGAAACUGGAUAUAUCCAGCGUCGUCUAAUCAAAGCCAUGGAAGGGCUGUCCAUCGCCUAUGAUGGCACCAUUAGAAACUCUAACAACCAGUUGAUCCAGUUGAGGUAUGGUGAAGAUGGUAUGGAUGGUACAGCCAUUGAAUUCCAGAACAUUGCUACUAUGAGACCAUCUACUGUUGCCUUUGAGAAGAAGUUUCACUUUGAACCAGGCAACGAAAGGCGAUUGCGACGAUAUUUGCAAGAGGACGUGGUAAGAGAGAUCUGCAGUAGCGCUAAUGUUUUGCAAGAAGUUGAAGGCGAGUUCAACCAGCUACAAGAAGACAGAGAUCUACUACGCAGAAUCUUUCCAACAGGAAACGCCAAGGUCGCUCUUCCAGUAAAUCUGAGUCGCCUCAUCUGGAAUGCACAGAAGACGUUCAGAAUCAACAGCAGAUCACCUAGUGAUCUUCAUCCACUAAGGGUUAUUGAAGGAGUUCGUGAUCUUUCCAAGAAGUUAAUCGUGGUAUCAGGAGAAGAUCAUAUAAGUAAACAGGCCCAGUUCAAUGCCACCCUUCUCUUCAACAUUCUGCUUCGAUCCACGUUGUGUACUAAGCGUGUGGCAGAGGAAUUCCAUUUGACAUCAGAAGCAUAUGAAUGGCUUCUUGGCGAGAUCGAAACAAGGUUCAACCACGCCUUUGGUAAACCAGGAGAGAUGGUUGGUGCAUUAGCUGCGCAGUCUCUUGGUGAACCUGCCACACAGAUGACACUCAACACUUUCCAUUACGCUGGUGUAUCAGCUAAGAACGUAACCUUGGGUGUACCACGUCUAAAGGAAAUCAUCAACGUCUCCAAGAGACCAAAGACACCAUCUCUUACUGUCUUCUUGAUUGGCCAAGCAGCAAGAGAUGCAGAAAUGGCUAAGUCUGUGCUUUGCCGACUAGAGCACACGACGUUACGUAAGGUAACAGCCAACACAGCCAUCUAUUAUGAUCCAGAUCCCCAAAACACAGUCAUAGUAGAAGAUCAAGAUUUCGUGAAUGUCUACUACGAGAUGCCUGACUUUGACGUGUCUCGUAUCUCACCCUGGCUGCUGCGUAUUGAGCUUGAUCGUAAGAGAAUGACUGACAAGAAGCUAACGAUGGAGCAGAUUUCAGAGAAGAUCAAUCUAGGCUUUGGUGAUGAUUUGAACUGUAUCUUCAAUGACGAUAACGCUGAGAAGCUCGUGUUGAGAAUUAGGAUUAUGAACAACGAUGUAGAAAAGAUGCAGGAUGAUGAAGAUGUGGACAAGAUGGAUGAUGAUGUGUUCCUUCGAUGUAUCGAGCAGAACAUGUUAACUGACAUGACUCUACAAGGUAUAGAAUCCAUCUCCAAGGUAUACAUGAACCUUCCUCACGAGGACAAGAAAAAACGAAUAGUCAUCACUGAGCAGGGCGAGUUUAAAGCUAUUCAGGAAUGGAUUCUAGAGACAGAUGGAGUCAGUUUAUUACGAGUUCUUAGUGAAAGAGAUGUAGAUCCUGUACGUACUACAUCCAACGAUAUCUGUGAAAUUUUCACGGUGCUUGGUAUUGAGGCUGUACGAAAAUCUGUCGAACGUGAAAUGGACCACGUCAUCUCUUUCGAUGGUUCAUACGUCAAUUAUCGUCACUUGGCGUUGUUGUGUGACAUCAUGACUUGUAGAGGUCAUUUGAUGGCUAUAACAAGACAUGGAAUAAACAGACAAGACGUGGGGUGCUUGAUGAGAAGUUCCUUUGAGGAAACGGUUGAUGUUCUCCUGGACGCAGCAGCUCAUGCUGAGACAGAUCAUCUUCGUGGGGUCAGUGAGUGUAUUAUCUUAGGCAAGCUGCCAAGAGUAGGAACAGGAUGCUUUGACCUCAUGCUGGACGCUGAAAAGUGUAAACAUGGCAUGGAGAUUGCUACUAACAUCAUGGGACCUGGCAUGGGAGGACCUUUAGCAGGUUCUGGUAUGUUCUUUGGUGCGGCUGGUUCGCCAAGUGGAAUGUCACCACCAACCACUCCAUGGAAUGUAGCAACUCCUGCAUAUCCAGAGGCAUGGAGCCCUGGUAUGGGUAGUGGCAUGACCCCAGGAGCAGCAAGCUUCUCACCAGCUGGAUCAGAGGCUGGUGGAAUGAGUCCAGGAGGAUUUAGUCCCUUGUGGAGUCCAAAUCCACAGUCACCCUCCUCACCUGGACCUUCAAGUCCAUACAUUCCAAGCCCUGCAGCUGGAGCUAGUCCGGGUUAUUCACCAGCAAGCCCAGCUUUUAUGCCAAGUUCUCCAUCAAUGUCACCUGCAAGUCCCUCAUAUUCUCCAACAUCACCAGGAUAUUCACCAUCUUCACCUUCUACUGGAUAUUCACCAGCAAGUCCAAGUUAUUCACCAACCUCGCCUUCCUAUUCACCUACUUCACCAUCGUAUUCCCCUACUUCACCAUCAUAUAGUCCCUCGUCACCCUCAUAUUCGCCAACCUCCCCGUCAUAUUCCCCUACCUCUCCAUCAUAUUCCCCUACAUCACCAUCAUAUUCGCCAACUUCCCCUUCUUAUUCUCCAACAUCACCAUCUUAUUCCCCUACUUCUCCUUCUUACUCCCCUACCUCUCCAAGCUACAGUCCAACCUCUCCAUCAUAUUCUCCUACAUCUCCAUCUUAUUCCCCCACUUCCCCUUCUUAUUCUCCAUCUUCACCAUCCUAUUCUCCCACUUCUCCGAGCUAUUCUCCUCAAUCUCCAUCAUAUUCUCCAACUUCUCCAUCAUAUUCCCCUUCCUCCCCCAAGUACUCGCCAACUUCUCCAAGUUAUUCUCCAACUUCACCAAAGUACAGCCCAACCUCACCAACUUAUUCACCAACUUCUCCCUCCUAUUCGCCAUCAUCUCCCAAGUACUCGCCAACAUCGCCAUCAUAUACCCCUCAAUCACCAACUUAUUCCCCUUCAUCACCUUCAUAUUCACCCUCAUCGCCAAGAUACUCACCAACGUCACCGAGGUAUACACCUACCUCACCAGAAUAUUCCCCAACCUCGCCUAAAUACAGUCCAACUUCUCCAAACUACUCUCCUACAUCGCCAAGCUAUACGCCCAUGUCGAGCCGGUACAGCCCGAGCUCACCAAAGUAUAGCCCAUCUUCAGGAGGACCAUCGCCUUCUCCUGAGUACUCGCCUACUACACCACACUAUACUCCUAAGUAAGUGUGCCAUAUUAAGUCAAGCGAGCUACAGAAGGACAAUAUAAUUCUAUGGACUAUAUAGAAUUUGAAAACAAUGUUAUACAUCUAUCCAUAGUCUAGGAUAUGGUGGAAAUCAUUUAUGACUCAAGAUUUAAAAAAAAGAAAGCGUGGAGGGGACAGACAAUGCAAGAACCUUUGGACAUUUCUCAUUACGUCGUAUUCUCAAACAGAUACACGAUUUGUCUUAAUUAUUUUAUUAUCUUAUUAUGUUAUUUUUUCGAAAUAUUGUUGUCAAUCUUGUUGUACUUCAGUACAUUUUAGUCCAUAGGUUCAUUGCAGUUUCUUUCUCCCAACUUCAAAUCAGCAAUCAAUAACAGCGUUCCCUCUGUCGACCAAAAAAAAAACCUUAUCAAUUACUGCAUUUAAGCUUGCUUAAUAGAUUACCCAUUACUGUUGGGAAGUGAUAAACAAUCACACCCGUUAGAGAGGUUAAACCUAUAGUAUGAGCAUUUUUCUAUUUGUGAAUUCACUUGUAUGCUACACGCUAGAAUUUAUUUCAUUUUAUUUAUGAAUGAUUUCGCAUGCCAGUGCAUAAGGGGAAACGGACUAACUCUGUCGCUCAGCAAUUCCCAGUAUUGUAUUCAUUACACCUAGAUUUAUUGAAUACUAAUCGCAUAUUUGAAAAUUUGGAUAUUUAUAUUCCAAAUCCAUUGUAGCCAAUGGGCCAAGAAAAAAAAACCCAAAAUACUAAAAAAUAUUGAAAUCGUAGUAAUCUCUUACCGAGAUUAACAAUAACACAUGUAUGCCAAUAAGUUGCAUCAAAACGUUGAGAUUCAUUUGUUUGUAGUGAUGAGAAAAUAGUUUUAUUAAAUAUGUUUGUACAAAG